AUGGCCAUCAACUCCGCUCCAGAGUCCUCCCUCCUUUCCCUCAUAUACCGCUCUUACCCCACCGCUGUCUCUCCCGAUGCCACAGAGACCGACCUCUUGACCGUCUCGCCCAAGAUUUUCCCUCAGACCACCUUCUCCGCCCCGGAAGAAGCCGACAUCAAGCAAUGGCUGGGAACGAUCUCGGGUCUCCAGGCUGCUCUUACCAAGGAUGAGAAGCCCGUCAUCACAACCAUCCUCGGACAGCUGAAUGGUCACUUGGCUACGCGGACCACCAUUCUCGGGUCAAAGCCCUCCGUUGCUGAUAUCGCGGCGUACGCUCUCCUGGCCCCUGUAGUAGAGAAAUGGAGCCCGGAGGAGCGCACUGGCGAGCAGGGCUACCACCACAUUGUGCGUUACAUUGAUUUCGUGCAGAACAGCCGGUUGUUCGCACUUCGGAUCCCCGAGGAGGAAAAGAUUGCCAUCGAUGUGAAUGAUGUGCGCUUUGUGCCCAAGCCUGUGGACGCUAAGGAAGAGAAGGAGCGCAAGAAGAAGGAGAAGGCUGCUGCCCAGAACGCCGGCGCUCCGGCCGAGAGCAAGCCCCUCGUUGUUGGAAAGGGUAAGCCCGAGGCUCCUAAGGAGGGAGCAGCCCCCGCAGCUGAGGGCAAGCCCAAGGAGAAGAAGGAGAAGAAGGAGAAGCAGCCUAAGGCUAAGCCUGCUCCCGCUCCCGCUGCUCCCCCGUCUCCAUGCGCCAUCGACCUCCGUGUCGGCCACAUUCUUCGCGCUAUCAACCACCCCAAUGCCGACUCCCUCUACGUUUCGACUAUUGACUGCGGUGAUGCCCCCGGCACCGAUAACACUUCUUUGGAUGAGGCCACUGGCAAGACUGUUCGUACCGUGUGCUCGGGUCUGAACGGACUUAUUCCCCUGGAGGAAAUGCAGGGCCGUAAGAUCGUCGCCGUCUGCAACCUUAAGCCUGUCACAAUGCGUGGAAUCAAGUCCGCAGCUAUGGUUCUCGCAGCCUCUCCCCGUGUCGCGGAAGGUGAAGACUCCCAUGCCGGUCCCGUUGAGCUCGUCUCUCCUCCUGCUGAUGCCCCUGCCGGAUCUCGGGUGUACUUCGAGGGCUGGAACGACGCCGAGCCCGAGAAGGUGCUCAACCCCAAGAAGAAGGUCUGGGAGACCUACCAGCCCGGAUUCACAACUACCGAUGAUCUCGAGGUUGCCUUCGAGGCUAGCGCUGUUCCUGCUGUGCAGGGCCAGGAAGGCAAGCCUGCCUUGGGCAAACUGGUUACCCAGGGAGGUGUUUGCACUGUCAAGAGCUUGAAGGGAGCUACCGUUCGGUAA